CAAUUCCAAUUCCAAUUCCAAUGCUAAUCCUGAAGAUACCUCUCAUUUGAGAGAGUCUGAAUCUUUAUCUCAAUCUCAACCAGCAGUACCAUCUUCACCAUUAUUCUUUGCUACUUCCUCAAAUCCUCCAUCCGAGAUUGGCCAUUCCCAAUCACAAAUAAGAGAUGUAUCAUCUCCAUUACAUUAUACUUCAUCGGCACAUCCUACCUCUGAAAUUGGUUCAGGAAGAACCAGAUCUGAUCGAUUAACUAGUGAAGUUGAUAGAAUUAUUCGAAGAAAUCAAAGAAGUGAUUUACAUGAUGCUACAUCAUCACCUAUGAGAAGAAGAAUAUUCACUGAAUCUACAAAUCAAACAAGAGAACCAAAUUUAUCUUCAUCAUCAAGAAUUGAUACUGAUCCAACUGAAAAUGAUGAACCUGUUAGAGUUAUUUGGGGUACCAAUGUUUCAAUUCAAGAUUGUCUGAAUGCAUUUAGAGAUUUCUUAUUAUCUUUUAAAUAUAAAUAUAGAAAAUUAAUGGAAGAUAAAGAAGUUGAUCCUGAAGAUAAUGAAUUACAUUAUGUAUAUCAAUUAAAUAAUUUAAAAGAUCUUGGAUUAACUAAUCUUAAUAUUGAUGCUAAAAAUUUAUUAGCUUAUCCACCUACAAGAAAAUUAUAUCAUCAAUUAAUUAAUUAUCCUCAAGAAGUAAUUCCAAUUAUGGAUCAAACUAUAAAGGAUUGUUUAAUUCAAAUAGUUAAUGAUUCAAAUGAAUUUGCUAAUGAUAUUCAAUCAACUCUUGAUAUAAUUGAUACAAAUGUUUAUACUAUUCGUCCUUUUAAUAUCAAUUUUGCUGAAAAGGGUUUAAGAGAAUUAAAUCCCAAUGAUAUUGAUAAAUUAGUUAGUGUUAAAGGUUUAGUUAUUAGAGCAACUUCAAUUAUACCUGAUAUGAAAGUUGCAUUUUUUAAAUGUAAUGCUUGUGAUCAUACAGUUGCAGUUGAAAUUGAUAGAGGAGUAAUUUCUGAACCAAUCAAAUGUCCAAGAGAAGUUUGUGGACAAACUAAUUCAAUGCAAUUAGUUCAUAAUCGUUCUUCAUUUGCUGAUAAACAAGUUAUUAAAUUACAAGAAACUCCUGAUUUAGUUCCUGAUGGUCAAACUCCUCAUUCAAUUAAUUUAUGUGUUUAUGAUGAAUUAGUUGAUAGUUGUAGAGCUGGUGAUAGAAUUGAAGUUUGUGGUAUUUUUAGAUCUUUACCAGUUAGAGCUAAUCCAAGACAAAGAGCCAUUAAAAGUUUAUAUAAAACUUAUUUGGAUGUUGUUCAUAUUAAAAAAAUUGAUAAAAAAAGAUUAGCAGCUGAUUCAUCAACUUUAGAACAUGAAAUUAAUGAUAAAGAACAAGAAGUUGAUCAAAUUAGAAAACUUACACCUGAAGAAAUUGAAAGAGUUGAAUCAAUUUCUCAACGUGAUGAUUUAUAUGAAGUUCUUGCAAGAUCUUUAGCUCCAUCAGUUUAUGAAAUGGAUGAUGUUAAAAAGGGUAUUUUAUUACAAUUAUUUGGAGGUACUAAUAAAACAUUUAAAAAGGGUGGAAGAUAUAGAGGUGAUAUAAAUAUUUUAUUAUGUGGAGAUCCAUCAACUUCUAAAUCUCAAAUUCUUCAAUAUGUUCAUAAAAUUGCUCCAAGAGGAGUUUAUACUUCUGGUAAAGGUUCAUCUGCUGUUGGUCUUACUGCUUAUAUUACAAGAGAUAUUGAUACUAAACAAUUAGUUUUAGAAAGUGGUGCAUUAGUUUUAUCUGAUGGUGGAGUUUGUUGUAUUGAUGAAUUUGAUAAAAUGAGUGAUUCUACAAGAUCAGUUUUACAUGAAGUUAUGGAACAACAAACUAUAUCUAUUGCAAAAGCUGGUAUUAUUACUACAUUAAAUGCAAGAACUUCUAUUUUAGCUUCUGCUAAUCCAAUUAAUUCAAGAUAUGAUCCAAAUUUACCAGUUACUGCUAAUAUUGAUUUACCACCUCCUUUACUUUCAAGAUUUGAUUUAGUUUAUUUAAUUUUAGAUAAAGUAGAUGAAAAUAUUGAUAGACAAUUGGCAAGACAUUUAACUGAUAUGUAUUUAGAAGAUGCACCUGAUACAGUUACUAAUAAUUAUAUUAUACCUGUGGAUUUAUUAACCCUUUAUAUUCAAUAUGCUAAAGAAAAUUUUCAACCAAUUAUGACAAGUGAAGGUAAAAAUGAAUUAGUUAGAGCUUAUGUUGAAAUGAGAAAAAUGGGUGAAGAUGCUAGAUCUUCUGAGAAGAGAGUUACUGCAACUACUAGACAAUUAGAAUCAAUGAUUAGAUUAUCUGAAGCUCAUGCUAAAAUGAGAUUAUCUAGAACAGUAGAAUUAAUUGAUGUUAAAGAAGCAGUAAGAUUAAUUAAAUCUGCUAUUAAAGAUUAUGCCACUGAUCCAAUAACUGGUAAAAUUGAUAUGGAUAUGAUUCAAACUGGUACAUCUACAGCUCAAAGAAGAGUUCAAGAAGAUUUAACUUCAGAAAUCUUAAAAAUUAUUGAAGAGAAUAAUAAUUUAAUUCGAUUUAAUGAUUUAACUAUUAAAAUUAAUGAAAGAUCAUCUAUUAGAGUUGAAAAUCAUGAAAUAAAUGAAGGAUUAAAAAGAUUACAACAAGAGGGUAAGAUUAUAGAAACUGGUGAUGCUCAUAGAAGAACCAUCAGAAAGAUUGCCAUUGUAUGAAUUGUUGGGUGAUUUGG